AUGGGGGACGGCCUCGGCGGCGCGGCGAGCGCGCAGGCGCUGAGCAUCACGAACGAGGGGGGAGCUGACCUCUCAGCAGCGCACCGCUCAUCCAGCGCAGAGGAAAACCUCAACGGAGGGCUAAGCAAUCCCACGGUGAGCAUAGAGGACAGGAAGGGCUCGCGCAUAAUCAUUGACAGACUCGUAUUGGAAAACUUUAAGAGCUACUCUGGCGUGAAGGUGAUCGGGCCGUUCUACAAGAAGUUCAGCUGCAUCGUGGGUCCGAAUGGGAGUGGGAAGAGCAACAUCAUCGACGCUAUGCUGUUUGUGUUUGGGCGGCGGGCGAAGAAGAUCCGGCAGAACAAGCUGAGCGAUUUGAUCCACAGCUCCAAGCACUCCAUGCACAACGAGUACACGAAGGUGUCCAUUCGGUUUAGGGUCGUCUCGGAUGGCGACCAGGAGGGGGGGGAGCAGUGGGAGCAGUCGGAGCAGUGGGAACAGUCGGAGCAGUGGGGGGGGCCCGCGGGCUGCCGCCCAGGUGGCCCCUGCUUCACCGUCAGCCGGGAAGCCACGGCGGACAACCAGUCCAGGUACCGAAUCAACGACAAGGUGGUGACGCAGAAGGAGGUGUUCGAUCUGCUGCUCCAAAAGGGAAUCGACCUGAAUAACAACCGCUUCCUCAUCCUGCAGGGGGAAGUGGAGCAGAUCUCCCAAAUGAGCCCCAAGGGAACCAAAAACGAAGAGGGGCUCCUAGAGUACCUAGAGGACAUCAUAGGAACUAAUAGCUAUAAAGAAGCCAUAAGCAAAAGUUUGGAGGAGCUGGAAAGGAGUGAGGAGGUCUACCACGACAAGGUGAAUCGGCUGAAGCACGUCUACAAUGAGUUGAAGGAACUGGCCGGACCCAAAAAGGAAGCAAGGUACUACGUGCAGCUGCAGAAAUUCACCUACAAGCUGAACGUGCUGCUUGUGAAGAAGGAUAAGUGCGAGCUAGCCAAAAGGAUGUUAACGAAAGAGGAGGAGCUAGCCAAUUGCAAGAAGCAGAAGGAGGAGCACAACGUGGCCUACGAAAAGCUCCUAAAGGAGAGAAAAGAAAUGAACACAAUUUUAAGUUCCCUCGAGAGUGACGAAGCAGAUAUCAUCAAAAGGAAAAACCAAGUGGAUAGCGAAUUUAAACUGCUGACCACUCAGGAUGAAAAUGUGAAGAAGGAGCUACUCAUAGUGGUAGAGAAGAUCCAAAACCUCUACGUUAAGAGGGAGCAGCUCAGGGAAAAGGACAUCCCCAGGUACAAGAGCAUCAUAGAAAGCAAGCAAAAAAUUUUAAAUACACUCAAAAGGGAGGGGAUCCCAAAGAUGGAGAGACAACUGGAAAAGUGCGAAGAAGAAAUGGAGAAAUAUAAUGAGGAGAUUAAAACUGACACAGAUAGAAUUAAUACAAUGUAUUCAAAUGAAGAGAAGAAGCUAGCCCCUUUGCAAAAGAGCUACGACGAUCUGGUGAGAGUUACAUCGGAGUAUAGCAAUAGGUGCCACUUGAUAGAAAAGAAGCAGAGGGAGUUCCUCACCCACCAGGAGAAUUUGAAGCAUUUACAAAUGAAGCUGCUCAACGAGAUGGAAGAAAUGGACGUUCAGCUCAAGCACAUGGGGAAAAUGGACGCUGAGAGGAGGAAAGCCCUCCACGAGAAAGAGGAGCUACUAACUCGGGUUAACGAAGAAGCGGAACAAGUGGCAAACCGACUCGUCACCCUCACUGUGAGGUACGAAACGAUGAAGAAGGAACUGCACACGGAUAGAAGUCUAAGCAAGUUACACGAACUCAUUUACCAUUUGAAGAGAACCAAAAUUAAGGGCAUUCAUGGAGUCCUUGGGGACCUAGGAUCUAUAGAUCCUAAGUAUGAGAAAGCCUUCCUAAUCGCAGGAAGUAACUGCACCGACUUUGUCGUGGUAGACAAGCCGCAUGACGCUGUCCUCCUCUUCGAACAGAUGCGGAAACAGAACCUCGGACGAGUGAACGUCUUGUCUCUCUCCAUUUUGGAAAGCAACCUCCUACCAGUCAUGAGGAAACACGAUGAGAACUACUCCCCCCUCCUUCCAAACGUCCACAGACUUAUAGACUUCAUCCGGUUGAAGGAGGAGAGGUACAAAGUUUGCUUCUACUACGCUGUGAAGGAGACACUAGUGGCCAAUACUUUGGAGGAGGCCCACGUCAUAGGCUAUUCCCACAAAAGGAGAGUAGUCACCAUCGGGGGGGAGCUAAUAGAAAACGAUGGGCGAAUUUGCGGUGGGGGGAUCCUAAACAAGCAGGGGAAAGGCCCAUCUGCAGGGGGAGCCAGAUCAUCCGUGCGAAAGAGUUGCGGAAACAGAGAGGUGGAACCUCAAGAGGGCAGCUCCACCAGCGGCUUCUUCAAAGCGGAGGCCCCCUCCCAGUAUGACCAAACGGAUGUUACCCAAACGGAGGGAGAUAUUAAAGAGGCAAACAAGAAGAUGGAAGAGCUGAAGCUACGAAGGGGAAGCCUCCUCAGCGAAAUUAAAGAAAUCACCACACUUAUAGAAGACAACGAGUGUAAAAUCGAAAUUGCGAAGAAGCGAAUAGAUAACUGCAAGAAGCAACUGAAGGACAUCGAUGGGCAGCUGCAAAACUCGGAUGUGCCAGAGCUCACCCAGGAGGAGAAAAACGAACUAGAGUCUAUUAAACAAAUGAUAGGAGAAAAAAACGACGAGAAGAACAAAGUGGAGAUCCUACUCCAAGCACAAGAGAGCAAAGUGAAGAUGUAUUAUGAGCAGCUGCAAAACGUCGGGGGGGAAAAGAAGAAAACACUGAAGAAUAAGCUUCUGCACGCGGAGAGGCAACUGAACAUCACGCGGGAUGAAAUCGCCAAGCACAGCAGUGAGGAGGUGAAUGCUUUGGCGAACCUGCAGAAGGGGGAGAAAGACAUACUUAAAUUUACAGACGAAAUUGAGGAAUAUGAGAAGAACGAGAAGGAGCUAGAGAAUGAGCUCAAGGAUCUAGAGACUAAGGGGUGCCUUGUCUAUGAAGAGAUAGAAAAGAUGGAGAAGGAGCUUGCCAAAGUGCAGGCCGAGAUGGAGCAGAACCAAAAGAAGAAGCAGCAAAUUGAUGAGAACGUUUCGAAGAAGGACCUAGAGAAUGUGGAUCUAGUGUACAAGACGGAGAACCUGCUAAAAGAAAUCGAGCAGCUGCGGCUCAGGGGGGUCGCCUACGAGGGGAAGAUCGACGAGUUCGUGCGGCUCAUCGAGCAGGCCGACCGCGUCGCUGUGGAGAACCGGCCGUGCCGCGCCAGCGCCAGCGCCAGCGGCGGGGGCAGCGCCGACCAGAGCACGGGCGAGGAGGGGAGCGAAGAGGAGGGAAGCCAAGACGGAAGCGAAGUAGGAAGCGAGGACCGAAGCGGUGGGGGAAGCUUCCACGACCCAGUGGGGGGCAAGCGGAAGAGGGGGAGUGACGACGGAAGCGCCGACGGGAGUGGCGACGGAACCACCGACGGAAGUGCCAACGGAGGGGGCGACCCCCGGCAGCGCGACGAGGACCAGGAGGAAGAGCUCAAAGCGCUGGAGGACAUGGCGUGCGACAACGAAGAGUGGAGCGACCUCGAAAGCGAGUACGACUACGCGAGCGUGACGGACGAGCAGCUGCAAGCGAUGAACAGAAAGGAAGUAGAAAAUAAACUGGAGAGUAAGCUCCGCCUCCUGCAGAAGAAGGCACCCAACCUGAAGGUCUUCCAAGACUACAACGUCAAGCUGUAUGACUACAUGAAGAGGAGAAAAGAUGUCUCAAAAUCGAGGAAAAAAAAAGACAAGUUAAAAAAAAAAUAUGAAAAUCUGUGUAAUAAGAGGAGAAAGGAGUUCCUCCUCGCCUUCAAUAUCAUCUCUGCCAAGUUGAAGGAGAUGUAUCAGAUGAUUGCCAUCGGUGGAGAUGCAGAAUUAGAAAUUAUAGAUUCGUCGGAAAUAUUUAAUGAGGGGAUUCUUUUCUCCGUCCGACCUCCUAAGAAAAGUUGGAAGCAUAUACAGAACCUCUCCGGAGGAGAGAAAACCCUCAGCUCCUUAGCUCUCGUUUUCGCUCUACACUAUUUUAAGCCCAACCCCAUUUACUUCAUGGAUGAAAUCGAUGCUGCUCUGGACUUUAAGAACGUCUCUAUCAUUUCGCACUACAUCAAGACCAAGACCAACGAUGCGCAGUUCAUCGUGAUUUCGCUGAGGAACCAGAUGUUCGAGCUCUGCGAUCGGAUGAUAGGCAUAUACAAGACGAACGACAUCACCAAGUGUAUUACCCUCAACCCGGGCCGCUUCCAGGGGGGGGCGGCGGACCCGGCAAACGAAGACGAAGAGGAAGAGGAAGAGCUCGCGCAGCGUGCGAAUCCCUACGUGGCGGUGCCGAUGUGA